CUGAAUGGAAAGGGGAAGAGCAAAAAAAGUAGGCCUACUUGGUUGAAAAAUACCAGGGCAUGUUGGCUGGUAUUUCUAGAAGUUGGUGAAAAAAGAGAAGAUGAGUGAAAACUUGUAAUUUCCUGAAUGACAACACAUACUGUCAAAAGGACAUUGACAGAAAGAAGAAAAUCACAAGACGGAGAGAUGUAUCUGUACUUAAAACUGUGUCUCUGCAUGCUUUUACAGGCUAUACUUGGACUCCAGUCAUCUGAUCGUAGGCCCACAAGAAUCUUUGCUUCAAUUGGAGACAGUGUGCGUUUACCAUGUGGUACAUCCUACAUCAAUUCCUGCUCCUCUGUUACCUGGAGUAUAGUGAAAGAUGGGUUUCAUAACCAAUUAGAACUAUCAGGCAAGGUGAAAGCGGAUGGUCCAAACUCAGGAAGAGCCAGUCGACUGAAAGUGGGACAUGACUGCUCUCUACAUAUUCAACCUCUUGAAAUAGAUGAUGGAAGAGUUUACACCUGUGAAGAUGGGGCUACCAGUUCAAAUGUUUCUCUUCAGCUUCUCAACAUUACUCUGGCAACAGACACCAAUACAGCAUCAGAGAUGGAUAUCAAGCUCCAGUGUUACCUGAAUAUAUUCUCAGGCCUUGUCCCACAAUGCAACCAUAGUGAAAUAAAGCUGAAUUGGCUGAAUGAGGCCAAUACAGUGCUACAGGGAGAGAGAUUUCAGACCGAACGUUCAUCUGAUUGCUUCUCUACGCUGACCAUCCGAGGUGUCAGGAAGACAGACCAUCACAGGAAGUGGCGGUGUCAACUGAUUGAAGGAGAGGUUGUGAGGACGUCCCUCAGCUAUACCACAGAAAUUACAGGAGGUAUAGAGGAAGUGUUUGUCGCAGUGGGUGAGUCAGUAUCACUUCCCUGUGUCACCCACUCCUCUCUCGAGGUGGGCAGCAGAUUCCAGUGGACUCUGGGUCAAAAGUCACUGUCCAGUCUGUCUCGGUCAGGCGAUGUCUCAGCUGGAACUCAGGGUCACCUCCCUGCAUCUCACAUCAGCCAAGACGGGUCUUUGGUCAUCAGCAAUGUGAAAACACUGCAUUCUGGGCUCUACAACUGCUCGCAACAGAACAGAAUCCUACUACACACUCUGGAUGUAUCUGCAGAGUAUGCUACGACAGGCGGAAACAAUCUCACCCUGACCUGCUCACUCACCUGUGUGGAAGAUUGUGGAGACUUCAUCCUGGAUUUAUCCUGGAUUCACAGUGGCCAGGAUGGGUUGCAGAGUGGCCCUAUAGGACAGAACAACACCCUCAGCUCCAAACUGUUCCUCCCUGACCGCCAGGGCACAGAGAAGAUAGCCUGUGCCGUGCUCAGAGAGGGGGUUGAAAUGGCUGUAAAGGAGUGGACCAUCCAGAGAGGUCAUGUUCUACCUGCAGUGGUAUGGUCAGUCCUUCUGCUACUGCUGCUCUGUGCUGUUGGAGGGGGCGUGUAUUGGAAGAGGCAGGGCAAGGGAAGUGCCACUGAAGGAGAAGAACAGCAGACUCCUGUUGAAAUGACACAUUUCUAUGAGGAGAUUCAAGAUCACCCAAUUCAACAACAGUUUCGAUGAUCUUCUGCAGGCUGUGAACUGAGUGGAAUGUCAUGUCCUCUAUCUUUAGGCUAUUAGUUGAGUUUUCAAUCUAAUUUGACUACUUUGUACGUUGCAUUGUUUUGUGGUUUGGAUUUUCCUUGAUAUUUUGGAACAUUAUAAGUGUCACCAUGACAUCAAGUCUAUGCAGGUUGUUUUUUAUGAUAAAAAGAAAAUACCCUCUAUAGAAUAUCACCAGUUACCACAGUAAAAAGAAAAUACCCUCUAUAGAAUAUCACCAGUUACCACAGUAAAAAGAAAAUACCCUCUAUAGAAUAUCACCAGUUACCACAGUAAAAAGAAAAUACCCUCUAUAGAAUAUCACCAGUUACCACAGUAAAAAGAAAAUACCCUCUAUAGAAUAUCACCAGUUACCACAGUAAAAAGAAAAUACCCUCUAUAGAAUAUCACCAGUUACCACAGUAAAAAGAAAAUACUCUCUAUAGAAUAUCACCAGUUACCACAGUAAAAAGAAAAUACCCUCUAUAGAAUAUCACCAGUUACCACAGUAAAAAGAAAAUACUCUCUAUAGAAUAUCACCAGUUACCACAGUAAAAAGAAAAUACUCUCUAUAGAAUAUCACCAGUUACCACAGUAAAAAGAAAAUAACCUCUAUAGAAUAUCACCAGUUACCACAGUAAAA